AUGUCGAUCCGAUGUGCUACAAAGACGUACAAUGUCCCUCGAACCACCCUCCGCGAUCGAAUGAAGGGCUGUACCCCGAACGCCGAAGUACGUAAAGCUCAACAUAAUUUGACCCUGACCGAAGAAGAGACCCUCGUACGACAUAUCCUCGACCUGGAUUCGCGAGGAUUCCCGCCCCGGAUCGACGACACGCGUCAUGCGAAGCCUGUUGGCAAGCAGUGGCCAUACAACUUUGUACAACGCCGCCCUGAGCUCAAGACGCGUUUUUCGCGUGCGUACGACUUCCAGAGAGCCCUCUGUGAAGAUCCCGACCAGAUAAACGCGUGGUUCCGGCUAGUGGUUAAUAUACGUACGAAGUAUGGCAUCCAAGAUUGUGACUUCUACAACUUUGAUGAGACAGGCUUUAUGAUGGGAGUCAUCUGCGGCAAUAUGGUAGUCACCUGCGCAGAUCAAUCUGGUCAAGCUGAAAACAUCAAAGCUGGCUUCCAAGGUACUGGUCUUGUGCCGUAUGACCCUCAGGCUGUCUUAUCCAAGCUUGACAUUAAGUUACGGACGCCAACACCGACUGGACCACACAAUUCUAAUAACGCUGUUUCACAAUUAGAGCACGAGGUUGAAGAGACAUCUGAGGAAGAUAGCGAUGUAGAAGAUAAUUGA